GUGGGGAUGGGACUUCGUGUCGCUGUCUCCCCUGUACAAACGGCCUUUUACAUGAUCCUUGUGUUGCUGGGCAUCCUGGGUAAUGCCACCGUGAUUGGGGUCAUUGGUCAGAACGUGACAAGCGAUCGCGGUCGAGGACGCAACUCGGACAUCAUUAUCAUCAACAUGGCACUGUCUAACCUUCUGGUGUCUGUGGUGAGGAACGCACUGCUUGUCAUCUCAGACAUGGGACUCGAGCUGUACUCAUCCAAAGAGUGGUGUCAGUUCUUCAUGGGUGUCUGGGUGUGGCUGCGAUCGGUCAACGUUUGGUCAACACUCUUCCUCAGUGCAUUCCACCUCCAGACGUUGAGGCGUGUAGCUCCACCUAUGGGGAACCUUCAGGGACGCCGUAACGCUCUUACAUCCCUAUGCCUGAGUCUGGGCCUCAUAUGGCUUCUCAACUUUAUUUACUCCAUUCCUGCUCAUAUAUUUUCAACUAGCGGGAACAAGAACAGAACAGAGACCCUGAUGCUGGUGAGCAGCACAACGCGCCCCCUGCUGGGCUGUGUGUGGAACUUUCCCUCUAGCUACAGCGGCCUGGCCUAUGCCACCACAUCUAUGGUGAUCCAUGAAGCAUUUCCCAUAAUCCUCAUGGCCUUUACCAACCUGGGCUCACUUUACACACUGUACAACCACGGCAGGGUGCGGAGUAGCACGGUGCAGGACGCGCCUGUCAUAAAACGGGUGCCUGCUGAGAAACGAGCAGCCAAGGUGAUUCUCGCUCUCAUAAUGCUCUUUAUUAUAUCCUGGGGAACCAGCAUUAUCUCUGUCAACUACUUCAACUACAACCAAGGCUCCUCGGCUGAGUUUCUUCUGGUCAUUGCUCGUUUUGCCAACAUUAUCUUCAUUGCCAUGUCACCUGGUGUUCUGGCAAUAGGACACCGGCGUUUGCGUUCUUUCAUCAAGUCUAUGCUUGCUCACUGA